UGACAGUUGACUUCACGUUGACUUGCUUGUCUUUGUUUUCAUCGGCAGCAUUUUGUUGUUUCUGUCAUUCAUUUCCUGAAAUUGUGAAAGCACAAUGACAACACGGAGUAGAGGCUACAAUCAGGACUGGGACCCGAUGAGGGAGGAUUACGACAACUCAAGUUAUGAUCCUCAGAAUGCUGAGGAGAGUGGCAGUGGUUUCGUGAACCUGGACCACUGCCGGCUCUACAUCACGAACAUCCCGAACGGUCUGAGCGACGACGGGCUGUCCACAGCCUUCUCUAAAUACGGGCAGCUCACCGAGGUCUUCGUCAGCAAGAGUCCGGACAAGAGAUACGCGUUGAUAUCGUUUGAGACACCAGGGGAAGCAAAGUUUGCUAUGAUGAAGCUGAAUAGAAUGGAGCCUUUGAGGCUCAAUAUCAACGUCGCUCAUAAGAGCACUGCAAGAUCAAAAAGACCAUUCGACAUUAAUGACAGCUCGGGAUAUCGGAAUAACAACUCAAACCCUCGCAAUCGCGAAGAUCGUAGCUUUAGAGACGACGGCAGCGCUGGCAGCCGCUCCAACACGAGCAUACCUCCACAGGAUCAGCGCCGAGCCACUGACGUUAAAACCCCAUUUCUAGUGGUUCGCAGAAGUAACUUUGGGAGACAAGAAUCGCUUGCAAACGGUGACAACAUGGAAGACUUGGUGGAUGAUGAUGUGCAGGUGAUGAGCGGCAGCCUGGAGCCAGACGUGAACCUGGAGCUAGAGAAGCUUAAGCUGGAGCACCUCAAGCUGCAGGAGGCGCAGGUCUUGUGCAAGCACCGGAUGUUACUUCUCAAGCAGGCGGAGAAGAAGUCUAGUUCAAGUAGUCGCCAACUUCUGCCCGAUGGUAGAAUUGUCGUCCGCACCAUUGACAAGAGUGAAGGAAACGAUGCCGACGGCAGCUUUGGAGCCGGUGCUGGUGAUGCGAGCUCACCUGAACUGUGCAGUUGCGAGCAGAAGGGCUUCUGGGACUCCGACGGCGCAGCCUCCACCGCCUCCACUUGCGUACUCUGCUCCGAUGAUACCAGAAAAAAGAACUCGGCAGAUAAGUCUGAUAGCAAAUGUACUCAGAAAACAGAUAGUCAUGUAGGCAGUAAGACCACGUUUAGUAAGCAUAGCAAAGUCACUGGCGGUACUAGUAAAAACCCUAGAUGUAAAAAGUCUAAAAGUAGCUGUGAUACUGCUAAAUACGCGGAUUUCUACAGCGAUAGCGAGGAUGAAGCUGACGAGACGAAUAGGCUCAUACAGUUAAGGAACACUGAUUAUGCGGAUAUUAUAGAAGACCAGUUGAAAAUAGUCAUAGCGCUUGCCGGUUAUCCCAAAUCAAAAAUGCGGCUUAAACAUUUGGAACUCUUUCAACGAUCCAUCGCCGAGGUUAUGGAUAUGCAAAUCAAGGCCGGCCUUUUAAAAAGCGUACCUUACUUCCUAGAUUACUAUUUGAACAGGGGCGCUAUUGUCUGCGUCUGUAGGGACAUCGAUACUAGGAACUGGAUAAUCAGGAUUUCACCAGGCCUGCAAGAACGUAUGGCUUCCAACCUUAUUCUACUCAAGUCUAAGAUCAAGAGGUUAUGCCUAGCUUACCUCAAGAUACCCAGCUCAGCCUGGCCGGCGACUGCUCAGGACACUUUCAAACUGUUACAGUAUUUCAAUCCUACAUUGAAAACUGAUUCGUGGAGAGUCUACUCGCAAAAGAGGGUAGGUGAUGUUGAAUACACUUCAUUUCUAAUAGACCGAGUUUCUGGUGAAAUCAUUCGAGGUUCCACCUUUAAAAAUGUUAUAGAUUAUGAGCAAAUGGAGUUUGAACUGUCCGGGUACACUGAAAUUUACUAUGAAUGUCUAACUUCCGAUAUGAAAGAAGAUUUGCACAGCGUUUCGUCGAGAGUGAAGCUCUUGAACGAACUUAGGGGGGAAGAUACAGCCAGAAAUCUUUCUGACUGCAGUUUAAGAAAACCUCUGUCUGGUGAAGACGCACAAAAUGACGAUGUUAAGAAACGAGACGAGAACGAGAAAGCAACUGACUAUUUUAUAGAAUUUCCUGAUAGAACGGAUAAAGAAGAUGAUGAUAAAGUAAUAAUUACUGAAUUGGAAAAUAAUGAAUGUGAUGUAUUGAAGAAACUAAAAGACGUUAAUUACAGAAGUGAAAAUAAUGAAAUGAUAAUUUGGUCGGAGGAAAUUAACAAUAACAUUAAAAUUGAUGUUGCCAAUGAGGAAAAGCAAAUGCCCGCUUCAGAAUCUACAGCUGCGGAAUCUGAAAAGACUGAAUCUAUUGCUGAAAGCAGCGACAACCUAAUCAGGUGCAACAGCAAUGUAAACAUAGAUAGUAACCGGGGUAUUGCUUACCACAGAAGAACAAACUACCUUCAUGUCGAACCAGAAUUGAAAAUCGCAAUUACUCUUGACGGUUACCCGCAAAACAAACUCGAAGGCACGCAUAUCAGAAGGCUGAAGCAACUCUUCAAAGAGUAUUUACACAGAGAUAUGAAACAACAGCGCUUCUCUAAUUUAAUCAUCCCAAAAUUCCAAGACAUUUACCUAUCUAACGGUGCUGUGAUAUACAUUUGUGACAGUUUAGAGACUAAGGAUUACUUGACAGAGGUAUUACCAAAAUUCGUAAAUUCUACAGGCUGGAAGCUAAUAUUUAAAGACAUUAAAACACUAGUUAGAUACACGAGAAUCGUCUUGCGCCUGCCAAAAGAACUUGCCAGUGUAGAAUCUGCGGAAAUAAUUUCGAAGCUUCAAGAUAAAUACCCAGGUUUAAAACCGGAUUGUUGGAAGUAUUAUUCUGAUGUAGCUGGCAAACAGAAGCGGCAAUUCGGUGUCGAUCCGGAGUCUCUAGAAAUAAUCAAAAGCCCAGAUUUUGAUCCGGAAUAUGGCGCUAAUAAGCUUAGCUUCAGGAUAAUCGAUAGACAGAAACGCGAUUCUUGCUUCGAAGAGAACCAGAAUUACGACGAUGAAAACGAGAAUAAGGAGGUGAAAGAGAAAAUUUUGAAACUAUUGUACGUGCCAGUCGAGGCUGAUAUGUCGAACUCUCCUCUUACAAGAAUUCGAACGAAUCACUAUUCUGAAGUAGUCGCCGACGACCUGAAACUGUACGUAGGCCCUACUAACUAUCCGGAAUCGCGCGUAGACGAAAACCUUUUCCACGCAAUAAAGAAAACUUUAGAGAAUAUCGUUUACAAGUCCUUUGUAGAUGGUGAAAUCAAUGAAAUCUGUAUGCCAAAAUUCCACGACAUUUACCUUUUUGACGGCGUCAUAUUUGUUAUUUGUGUAAACAUGGCUUCGCGCUGUUGGAUCGACGAAACGUUAACCAUUGCUAGUUCUAAAUUGCAAAUCAAUUUGAAAUCUACGGAAUACAGAGGAGCCGUUGGCAUUGUAAGUAUGGUAGUCAAAACCUAUUUGGAUACUGAAGAGGUCAUAUCGAUUCUUCAAUCGAACAAUCCUCGACUUCGAACUAAAUAUUGGAGGAUCAUAAGCACAGUUCGAGCUAAAGCGAAGUUAGAUGUAGUAUUACAAAUUGAUAAGCUCUCCGCCCAAGUCAUCAGAAAUACUGACUUCAACACUUUCGUCGGCGACAAUGCUGUUCAAUUCCAGCUAGGCCAUUUACAGUCCCUGCUUAAACCACUUUCCAGUAUGGAAAAACUAAGCAAAAAACAGGAGAAAAAACUAAUGAAAGCAAACGCAACAAAACGAGAAGUUGAAGUCAAAAUAUCUACUGAAUUCACUGUUGAAGAGCUCAAGACGGAACUGAAACAAGACUUCCCCGAUUUGAGAAUCGGUGAAUGGAACUCUGUGGGACAGCUGAAGGAUAUCAAAAACCAAAUUGAACAUAUUGACAUCAAACAGUCUUUAGAAAACGCAUCCGAAGAUCCAAAGAUCAUCGAACCUGACUGUAUGAAAUUGUCUCCAGUAGAAUUAGAUGAAGCUUGCAAGAUGGUGGUGAAAAUACCAGCUGAGAUCCUACCUAAGGAACGGGAGGAUUUGAAUCUGAUUUUCGAUUUGUUGGAAGAUCAAAAUCCGGGUCUGAACACAGAGUUGUGGACAGUUACUAAUGAUUUCGGGAAUUAUGAGAAGGGAAAGUUUAUUCUUUCCAUUGACAAGCAAUCUGCUGCUGUGAUUCGUAGUAACCAGUUCUGUCCGAUGGUAGUUGGUCACAAAUUGAAGUUUCUGUUGUAAUUGUAUACUUUAUAAUGAUUUAAGACUAUUUUUGCUAGUUUGUGUACCAUAGUUUGUAGUUAGAAUUUAAAAUUGAGUGGAACAUGUGAUUAAUUCAGUCAUGUGCCUUACAAACACAAUAAAAGUGAUUUAGAUUAUAUGAAAAAGUAGACAUUCCUGAGUAAACGCAUAAAAUGCAUUAUAACUUGUUGCAAUUUUUUUGUUAAUAAAGGCAGGCUUAGUUAAAAACUGAUUUUCUUUCUUUUUUGACAUCAAACUGCCAAUUUCAAAGGCCAGUGCCAUUAUAUUAUCAAAUUCACUGCCAGCUUCCCGCAAGGCGGGUUCUCUGUUCGUAGGCGCUUUUUGCUACAUACGGGUUUUCCAAUGUUAUCGGCUACUCUCGUAGCGCGUAGCUUGCUCUGGCACAUCAAUCAGUCAGGUUUUGCCAAAACAAAUAAAUGCUUAAACAUGUCGAAAGCAAAUGUUACCACCGAAUUUUAUUGUUAUGUUUGAAAGUUGACAUUCCUUAAAAUGUGAUGUUUUGUGUAUGUUUUAAUGUUUAGAUGCAUCUUAGAUUAGAUAGAGUUAGGCCGAUGUACAUUAGAUGUAAGUGCUCGUGCGCGAUGUAAUGUACGAAUCCUUAUAAGAGGCGUCACACCGCUUACCUGGCGUGUGCGUGCAUUGCGUUGCUAUUGACAUGUGUUAUGAGGAUUCAUACAUUACAAUCCGAUCCAAUCGCCGUAAUCUAAAUCAACUUUCUUUCUUGCAAUGACUUGGCAAUUGUAGUAGCGCCACCAUAAAGCAAGGGUAAGCGCCAGUAGUUAUAGUGGCACUUACAUACUUUGUCGCUGCCAAGUCAUUGCAAAGUUAGCCUAGACGUACCUACUCUAUAAGUUGUGAAUUGUGAUUGAAGUUAU